CGACUCCAGCCGUGUGAGUCUUCGUCGAGCCCCUCCUUCAACGCCUCGUGGGACAUGAUAGGGCAUGCGGCGGUACGUCCAUUUGCUGACUGCGCUAUACUCACUUGCUGUUUUAUCUUCGAGGUUCCUGAUACUUGCCUUCGCUCGUCUCGCUCGUGAGGAGUUGCAUAAGCAGGUGCGUUGUCUGAUCUUGACAUCAUCCAACUGAACUAUCUAUCAUUGUACAGAGAUGCAGAUCAUCCAGUCAAGAUGUCAUUCGAACGGCUGGGAGUGAUCCUGCACUCAGUCGCCACAACGCCUAAGAUCGUGCACGUUUCCCAUCGAAGUCACCCCCCUUUCCAGCAUCAGGCUGUCUAUCCAACAUUGUCGUCGCCUCAUCUUGGCGCAUUCGGCAUCUCGCAUGCUUCUGGGGGCCAUGGGUUCGAUUGGGAUACUCCUUUGCUCGAGGGGAUAUCACGAGCUUGUCCAAAGGUGUCACGGCUCACCUUGGAUGUUGUCAUCAAGCUCGCAGCGCAGUUUGAUCUCAGCCUCAUCCUCGGGAUCCUUCGCGGGUUGCCUUCUCUCCUCUCUUUAGAGAUCGAUCUCUGGAGAGCGCGCGCAGAGAUUACGGAUCCACCCGUACAUGAUGCGUCCUCGCUACUGCAGGAGCUCAUCGUCACGGACACGGAUGCUCUUCUGGCCUUUGCGAUUAUGCGAUGGUUCGGUAUUCGCCACUUGCGGUUGCUGCGGCUUCUGCGCAUCGAAGGGCGUUAUACGCGCGACGCAGACAUGUUGGCGAUGAUGCGAUAUAUUGGCAGCCAAGGGUCCUCCACUUUAUCCCAUGUCGAAUUCCGGCUCGCCAGCGGGUAUUGCGACAUAUCCCCCGAAUAUGUAUUCCCUUUGUCGUCGUUCCGGAAUAUGCGAUACCUGGCUAUAUCCGGAUAUGACUCGCUCUUCACGGAAGCGGACUACAACGACUGUGCACGAUGGUGGCCCGAGUUGCGCACGUUCGAGCUCGACGUGACUCGUGGCGACUUAUGUGAACCAUGCUCUUUGCAAGUGCUCAUUUCCUUUGCGGAGCAUUGCCCUCAGCUGAAAUAUUUGACGGUUCCUCUGGACGCCGUCGAAAGCCCUCUUGUCAUCCCGCAGUCGCUACGGCAUCUCAGCCUCCUCUCCCUCGACGUCCUCGAAGGUGCAAAUAUCAACGAUCUGCGCGAAGUUGCGCUCUUUCUAUACAACCUAUUUCCGAACUUGGAGGUGGUUGCCACUUCGUUCAGGGAGGAGCCAAAUGAGUACUACGAUCAUGGCACGCGCUGGUUUGCUGUUAGCGAAAUAGUCAACGUACUGAGGAUGAUCAAAGAGCGAGGGUUGUAG